AUGGCUUCCAUAAUGUCAGCCCCGGACUACUCGAUGGCCGCGACGUCUCGGUCGCGCCUUAGUAUCCGCCUACCGAGAGAGUCUCUAUACUCGUCACUUCAAGCAUCGUCUCAAUACUUUCACUUUGACUCGGAAACAGCCAGGCUAGCCAGGAAUGCCAACCAAUGGCUCACUUCAAACCGAGACUCGAACCGAGACGACAGCGGCGUUAGUCGACCAUCUUCUAUCGCACCAAGCCACUUUAGCGUUCGUUCCCUGCCUAUCGACUAUGAGGUUCCCGAGUCGGAUAAAAGACCUCAUCCUGUCAUGGGCUCGGUCCGGUAUAGUGAUAUCCGGCCACGAUCAGCCGCUCCAACAGAAAGCACAGAGAAGCUGCAGCCUCCUCCAGAUGGUGUGAGAGAAGAUGUUCCGAACGUGGUUGACGAUACGGUGUAUCCAACGGGCAUGAAGCUUGCCCUAAUCACACUGGCGCUCUGCUUGGCCGUCUUUGUCAUGGCACUUGACAACUCCAUCAUUGCCACAGCUAUUCCAAAGAUCACAGAUGCGUUUGGGAGCCUCAACGACGUGGGAUGGUAUGGCUCAGCUUACAUGCUUACAACAGCCGCCCUACAACUGUUCUUUGGCAAACUCUAUACCUACUGGAGCAUCAAGUGGACUUUCUUGGUUGCCAUCGCCAUCUUUGAGGCGGGAAGCUUCAUCUGUGGCAUCGCCUCGGACAGCGUUACUCUCAUUGUCGGAAGGGCCAUAUCUGGAGUUGGCUCUGCUGGCAUCUUUUCUGGGGCACUCACCAUUCUCGCCUUCUCAUGUCCUCUUCACAAAAGACCGAUGUACACUGGUCUUAUCAGUGGCAUGUGGGGUAUCUCUUCAGUCGCGGGACCUCUCCUUGGAGGUCUCUUUGCCGACAAGGUUUCAUGGAGGUGGUGUUUCUACAUCAACCUCCCCAUCGGAUUCGUCACUGUUGUUGUCAUCUUCUUCUUCUUUCCCGACCCAGAGCGCGACAUUGAGCCUGCGACUUGGCAAGUUCGUGUCUGGCAGCUCGAUCCUAUCGGGACUUGCAUCUUUAUACCAGCCACUGUAUGUCUGCUUCUCGCUCUUCAGUGGGGCGGUAUCGAAUACGCAUGGAACGACUCGAAGAUUACGUCGCUUCUCAUGCUGUCGGCUUUCUUGCUUAUCAUCUUUGGAUUCGUCCAGUACAAAAUGGAGGACAAUGCCACGGUGCCUCUUCGCAUCUUUAAGAUGCGUACGGUAUGGGCGGGAGCAUGGUUUGCCUUCCAUACGGGAGCAUGCUUCCUCACAGCCAUGUACUUCUUACCAAUAUGGUUCCAAGCAGUUUUGGGUCAGUCAGCCAUCAUGUCUGGGGUCAGUAACCUCCCUAUGCUCCUUGGCAUCGUCUGUUUCGCCAUUGUUUCCGGUGCAGCUGUCACGGUUUGGGGUUACUACACACCUUUCAUGAUCGUUGGCGGGAUCCUCAUGGCCAUUGGCUUCGGCAUCAUCACCAUGUUUGAAGUCAACACAGCGAAGGCCGAAUGGAUAGGAUACCAACUUCUAGCAGGGAUAGGCGUGGGCAUGUGCCUACAACAGCCCCUAAUCGCAGUGCAGGUAGUCUGCGAGAUGGUCGACAUCCCCACAGGCACAGCACUCAUCGUCUUUGCUCAGACACUCGGAGGUGCGCUGUGCAUCACAGCCGGAAACACCGUCUUCACCAACACCCUCGUGGACAAGAUCCGCGAAUACGUGCCCGGGCUAGAUCCCUACUUUGUUCUAGGGACAGGUGCGACAAACAUUCGCAAUGUUAUCCGUGCGGAUCAGCUUGAUAGUGUUGUUUUGGCAUACAAUGAUGCGUUGACGACGAGCUUUUAUGUCGGGGCUGGUACAGCGGCGGCGGCUUUUGCUGGGGCGUUGUUGGUGGAGUGGAAGAGUGUUAGGGGGAGGAACAUUGAGUUGGCUGGGGGUGCGUAG